GGCAAAGGGAGGGCGGUGGCUGACAGCCUUGGGCACCUGACCCAUCCUCCUCUUCCUCCUCCUCCUCCUCCUCCUCUCCUUCGCCCGACUUCUCCUUCCCAGGCUGCGGACGUGCGAAGAGAGCCUCUGGCCCCGCAAGACUCAGCCGACGCAGCCCUGGCUUCUCUCGACACCCGACCAGCCGCCACCGCCCUGCGAGGAAGAAGAGGAGGAGGAGGAGGAGGAAGGAGAGGGACCAUGCCCGCGCCCGGCCUCUUCCUCCUCUUGCCGCUUCUCCUCGGCACCGCCGGCCACUCCUGGGAGGAAGGGCGAAGCUGCCACCAGCCCAAGCCGGGGAAGAUCCCUGGGCUCAGAACAUACCCUCGUCCACAUGAAUGUUUGAACAUCUCAACGCUCCCAAAGAGCUGGGACUGGCGAAAUAUAGAUGGAGUCAACUACGUGAGCUCCACUCGGAACCAGCACAUCCCAAAGUAUUGCGGCUCUUGCUGGGCCCACGGCAGCACCAGUGCCUUGGCAGAUCGCAUCAAUAUCAAGAGGAAAGGUGCCUGGCCCUCGGCUUACCUCUCCGUCCAGCAUGUCCUCGACUGUGCCGAGGCAGGGAGCUGCCACGGAGGGGACCACCUGGCCGUUUGGGAGUAUGCGCAUCACCACGGCAUCCCAGACGAGACCUGCAACAAUUACCAGGCCAAGGACCAAAAGUGCAAGAAAUUUAACCAGUGUGGAACAUGCGUUACUUUUGACAAAUGCCACGUGGUGAAGAACUACACGCUUUGGAAAGUGGCAGAUUAUGGAACCAUCAGUGGGAGAGAGAAAAUGAUGGCAGAAAUCUAUGCAAAUGGCCCAAUCAGUUGUGGGAUUAUGGCCACAUCAAAGCUGGAUGAAUACACUGGAGGACUCUACUCAGAAUUCAAACUAUUGCGCAUAAUAAACCACAUUGUCUCUGUUGCUGGCUGGGGAGUAGAAAAUGGAACUGAAUACUGGAUUGUACGGAACUCUUGGGGAGAGCCCUGGGGGGAACAAGGCUGGCUUCGAAUUGUGACGAGCGCAUACAAAGGAGGAAGAGGAAAAGAAUACAACCUGGCCCUGGAAGAGAACUGCGCCUAUGGGGACCCCAUCCUUCCUGGUGGCCACAACGGCACUUCUACUUUUGAAAUGAAAAGCAUCUUGUAGCAAGAUUUUUUCCACUUCUUAACAAAGGGGAAGGAUAGAGUUUCAGUUGUGCUUCACACAUUUUUUUCUUUAAUGAUCCAAAGUUUUACAUGAGAAUCAAAAGGCUUUGCUGUUCUCUGUAAAAGCUGUAGGAAAAGAGAAGAAACUGUGCUACAGGUAGAGAAGGAAGCCACAGCCCUGAGUUCCCAAGACCUGAACAGGGAAGAGCAUGGCAGGGAGCCUUGGAAGCCCCUCAUUCACUGUCAGCCAAAGCUGACUUGAUGGCAGUCAUGGAGCGACAUGACAAUAAUAUGUCAUCUCCGAGAUAAACAUCCCCAAUGAGGGACAGGUAUUAUUUAUACAGGUAAAGGAGACGAGUCUAUGAAAUGCAUGUAUAUUCUGUUUGGAAACGUUUGUGUUCAAGACGUGUAACAGAAUGAGUUAAAAUGGCUUUUUUGGUAUGCAGUGCAUGGAUCCAACCCAGCUAAAGAUUUGGUGAAAUUAAACAUGAUUCUACAACACCCAUAAAUAACUUGUUAUCCUUUA